UUUCCCAAAAACCGCUCCCUACCAGUGCAGUUUAGGCGAAAACCGCCACCUAGGGGCGCGUUUUUCGAUGAAAACUGCACCCCUAGGGGGCGGUUUUGCAGAUCGCACCCCCACCAUGCGGUUUGGUUGCAGACCGCACCCCCACCAUGCGAUCUGUUGUGGUUUGGUCCCGCCUUCAUCCCAAAAAAUGUCGUUUGCUACCCCGAACGAGCUUAUUUCCGAUUUCGUCAAACUUUGGACAACCAUAACAUUGUGCUCCAAAAUCCAAACGACAUGAAUUUUUCUUUAUUUCGCAUAACUUUUUAAGGACUACAAUUUUUACUGGAAUGAAUUUUCAAAACAGGAAUUAUUUUGGAUAUACAGGAUUUUGGGAAUAGCUUACCUUCCCUUCUCAGCAAUCCACGUACAUUUUGAAAUUAUGUUUAUGAUAAAAGUUGUAUUCCUUAAAAAUUUAUGCGAAAUAAAAAAAAAUCAUGUCGUUUGGAUUUUGGAGCACAAAGUUAUGGUUGUCCAGAGUUUGACGAAAUUGGAAAUAAGCUCGUGCGGGGUAGCAAACGACAUUUUUUGGGACGAAGGCGAGAUCAAACCACCUUCGGCAGUCUUAGGCUUGCAAGAUCUCAAAAAGUUAUGCAGAAUCAAAAAAAAAAAUCGCGACGAUCUGAUACCUGAACACAAAGAUAUGUUCGUUUGAAGUUUCCACCUAGGUUAGGAUUUAAAAAAAAAAAAACAGAUCGCAUGGUGGGGGUGCGGUCUGCAACCAAACCGCAUGGUGGGGGUGCGAUCUGCAAAACCACCCCCUAGGGGUGCGGUUUUCAUCAAAAAACGCGCCCCUGGGUGGCGGUUUUCGCCUAAACCGCACUGGUAGGGAGCGGUUUUUGGGAAAGGGUGCUAUUUUUGGAAUUUUUCGGACUUGGGUGCUAUUUUUGGAAUUUUUUUUAAACAGUGCUAUUUCUGGAAAAAUCCCUUUAUGUUCUUGCUGUAUUUUUUUUUUUUUGUGAAAGUGUUCUUCACUUGUUCUUCCGGGUUUAAUGUUUGAUCGAAAAAGGAGCAAAGCCGCUGGAUGUCGUUGUGUUUGUCUACAAAACGACCAAAGAUUGAGUCGUUGAAUUUAGCUGAGGUUUAAAUUGGAUGGGCUUGGAGAUGUUGUGAUAUUGGGCUGUGAAUUUGUUUUAAGUAUUUGGUUGGGCUAUCCAAAUCACACGAAGUCCAUUAGUUUUUAGGGUUAAUACCCUAGUUUGCCACGAAGUUUAACGUAAAUGUCAGUUAUGGCCCCAUUUUUCAAAUAAGACAUUUAUUGCCUACUUUUAAAAUUAUUGGACAGAUUUGGCCUCAGAAACGAUUUGACUGUUAUAAUUGACGGUCAACCAUUUUUCUAGUUAGUGACUCAACAUUCACUGCUGACUAGACUCGUCCACAUCAUCUAAAGAUUAAAACAUAAAAAUAAAUUAAAUUAAACUUUGAAAAAAGCCCCCAUUCAUUUGCCGCAAACGACCCUCCAUCUUCCUCCGAUAUUUCCCCUUCCAUCGCAAGUCCGCCACAACAACAAUCCACCCUUUACUUCUUCCCCGUCGCACUUGUUUCGCCCUCGCCCACCAAUCCAUUUUUCUCCAUUGAUGGAGACGCCGGACUUUUCGAUUUUGAUCGGCGGUGGCUGCUUCAAGGGGGAUAAAAAAAAUUUCCUAAAAUUCCAAUCUCAAGCAAAAAGGGAUUGUGGCGGCAGGAGUCAAGAUGGUGGUGGUUGGUGACGACGACUACGACGCCACGAUGCUACCCACUCGGGAUUUAUUUCUCUCUCCUCACCCUCCGUCAUCAUCUCAUCGAAAACCCAUCCUCUGCUUCCUUCUUCCUCGCCACCACCUCCCCGCCGGCGGUUGGGAUCUCUGGUCGGCAUCGGAAGGAAAGGACCAGGAAGCAACUAGAGGCGUCGCUCUAGGCCACAACAUCGGAGAUGGCGUUGGGGACGGGUUCCAAAUCUCUGGACUCCAAUUGGAUUUUGCGAUUUGCGUUGGAUUUUUCAGAUCAGCCAUCUUCGAACCAGAAAACAGAGCAUUUACUAGAGUGGUAGCCGAUUGACGUGCUAUGCGAAAUGUCUUUGAUGGUGUUUGGGUGAGUGGCCGAGCGGUGGCCAUUUUCAGAGGAAGAAGAAGAGAAAGAAUAUUGGAGAGAGACCGGCGGGUGGGGAUUUUGUUGGGGGUCUGCAAUCUUUACUCUAGUCUGUAGAAACGUAGAGAAAGGGAUGAGAUAUGAGUUAGGCUUUUUUAUGGAAUAAAAGGAGGAAAGAGAAGUCUUCUGAACUUCUUAUUUCUAUUUAAUGUUUUGAUUUUUUAUUUUUAAUUAAUAAGUGACAUGGAUGCCACUUCAGCGUUGGAUGCUGAGUCAUUGACGGAAUAUAUGUUUGACCGUUAAUAUUAACAGUCAACACAAGUUUUGGGCCAAAUCUGUCCAAUAAUUUCAAAAGUAGGUCAUAAGUGUCUUAUUUGAAAAAUGGGGUCAGAACUAUUACUUACGUUAAACUUCGGGUCAAACUAGGGUAUUAAUCUUUAGUUUUAUGGUUGUAUAUAUACAAAACAGAAAAAUAUCUAGCAGACAAUGGCAAUACCGCAGUAGCUUGAUUUGUAGUAUACAAAUUGGGUUAAAUAAGUAAACGAGUUUACUGAUUAGUUUUAUGAAAGCGGAUCAAGGCUGUAACCCUUAUUUGCAUAAUCCGUGUCGACUUAGCGUGAUUCAAUUUUUCUUGUUAAGAAACAUCAUAUUGCUAUAAUAAGGUCAAGAAUUAGUCAAGUCUCGACAAUCCAAAUUGUUAAAAAUGACUCAUAUAUGAAUUUUAACUACUUUCUACCCUAAGGACUUGUAGCCAGAAGACAUCUUUCUCCGCUUAUAUGAAUGUUUCUUUUAUUGUACUCCACCGUUGGUAAAUGAUUAUUCUCUUUAAAAUAAAUUCAUUCAUAAAUGAUUAUCGGGCAAAUUGCCAGUUUGGUCACUGGAAUUGCUAAAAAAAUUCACAUUUGCCAUUAAGUUUAUUUUAUUCUAUCCGUAGUCACUCAAAUUUCAACCCAUCUUUCUUCCAACCCUUCUUUCCUGAUCUUCCUCACCGCUCCCCAUAGGUGGAGCUAGAGGGCAUGGGAUGUCUCUCGGGACACAGGUAAUUUUUGCGUAAAAUAAAAUACCCCAUAUAUAUGUAUCAAUUAAGGAUUGCACUCAUCAACUUUAGGUAAUAUAAAAGUAUUUUAUCACUACACUACAAGUUAUUUCAAGUUUAAAAACUAACAUAAAUCAAUAUAUCAUACUAUAAAAAAAAUUCAAAAUACCUAAAGGUCGAUCUCUUUGUCUUCUAAAGUUAGUUUUGACUCUACCCGUUGCAAUUGCAAGUGUAGAAAGAACUAUUUCAGCUUUGAGUUAUAUUAAGAACAAGUUUCAAAGUCGAAUUGCGACCAAUUUGCUAAUGAUUGCUUAGUCGGAUACAUUAAGAAUUUGAAAAUGUGUCGUGAUUGCUUAUGUAAAUAAUGAUUGUAUUAGUCUAGUAUUUAUUUAAUAUAUAUGAAUAAAUGAUUUAGAUAUUA